AAUUACUUACUAUAUAGAUUUUUUAGAACUAGAAAAUCGAGUUUAAACUCGGCUAUUAUUAGUUAUUUUAGUUUGAAUAUCUAUAUCUUUAGGCUUUCUACUAUUAGUAAAGCUAGCCUAAAGAGCCUAUUUAAUAAGCUUCCAAGUUACUAUAUUAUUCUUUUAAAAGAUAUUAAUACUAUUAGUUCGAAUCGAGAUACUAAAACCGAGAACUCUUAUUAG